UGCAUCCAUAGAGGGCACCACGAAAAAGUGGAUGCUAGUAAAAAGAGAAACUAUUGGUAAAAUAUAUUUAACGAUAGCUUAAGUCAUCAGGGGUUCGAAUGGUUAAAAAAAAAUUCUUAAAUACGUCGAUCAAACUUACAUUCUUGGUCACCGCGCAAUGCUCCCGGGUGGAGUUUAUUGGCUACCCAGCUUAUCAAAUGGCGUUGUUUAGUUCUUCAUGAAGGGUUGUUUCAAGGAAUGACCAAGUUAAGAUUGAUCUUGUUAUUACCUUGGACUGAUCACGAAUGACGAAGCUAGUUGGUGCGAAACCAUGGCUUCCAAGUUAGCCUCUUUUUUCAGGCUUAAGAUGUUAAAACGGAGCGCAAGAGUAAAAUUAAAGUAUAAUGGUGGCGACAGAAGUAGACUAAAGGAAAAAGCAGAAGGUCUGGGCUGGGUCGAAAAACGGAGGGAAAAAAGGUCGGGUAGCGUAAGGACCCUACGCGCUACGACCCAAACCUCUCUCCUUUUUUCGACCUGAACUAAAGCCUCCUGCCUUUUUCGCUCCCCUGAUGUUAUCGUGUGCUCGUUGUUUUACCAAACGAAUGCCAGGAACAGUCUACUUUCAAGUGUUUUUGCGUUGACUAUAGUCUUGUAUUCUUAAACUUUCAUUAUUCAGGGAUUUUUUGUCAAAAAAAUGAGAGAAGGAAACAUCUUCUGCGAAGUGAAUAUUCUUCUUGUACAAGUUCGAAUCCUUUUCGAAACUUUGUAGCCCCUCUGAACGUACUGUAAUUCCCAGGUUAACGCGGUUGAAUAGAGUGCGAACUUGAACAUGCGCAGUAACGCGAUUGUAAAUGGCGGAGGCCCCCCUGCGAAGGGGAAUGAUGGUCAUGGGCCGCAUUGCAAGCAUUUUGCCAACACGACGGACCAAAUCCGCCAUAACGGUGGAGCGACUUGAAGUGGGGUGGAUAUGGUUUCACAAAGUAAAUUUUCUUCGAAUAUGCGGCGAGAACAGACCAGGUGACCACGGGUUUUACCUGGCUUUGUUUCCAUGGCAUCCCCCCAAUCAUCCCUGGCACCCCCUCUCCAUGUGCAACACUUGGAGAAAGCUCUCCGUUUGGAUCCUUUCCUCAGUUACUUAGAGGGCGUCUUCAGAGAUCCCUACUUGUCAACCAUAAGUGACGAUGAAAGUGAGCUAAGUGAUAAUGAAAAGGAACUGUCCUCCAAAGGUAACAGUCUCUUAAAUGGUACUGGCAAUGGAUUGACAGUAAAUGGAUGUUUGAGUCGGGAUGAGCUGCGAAUUGAUAAAACAAGAUUGUACAACUUCAGCAAAGUGAAGAAAGAUAGGAGAUGGUUGAAGGUACUGUUCAACUUCUGA